CAUGACCAUUUCGGUUUAUUUUUUGCUAGCACUUUUAUACUAAAUUAAAUAUCAAAUUGCUUGGUCAAUCUCAAAGUAAAAGGAAAAGGCUUAUUAUUUUUUUUGCCCAACUGGGGAAAGCCAAUCAGACAAAGUUUAACCCCAAGGCCUUGGAAAAAGAGAAAAAAGAAAAAAAUCGCAAUUUUUUUUAUCGAUCAACGAUCACUCCGCUACAUUAUUUUACUUCUUUCUUUUCUCUACUCCACGUACCACGUCCCUUUUGCCGUAUCAUACAUUCUAUCGACACUUUUUGCCUUGCCGAGAGAAAUCCAAUGGCGAAUUUCUUUGUCUUUCGAUGGGGGCGACGAACCAUCCUGCUAUUAAUUGCCAUCAUUUCGGCUUCCGUAUAUCUACUGAGUUCCCUAUCGUCUUACUCCUAUGAUUCUUAUACUUCAUUUACAACAUGUCAUCAACCACGAUCAGAACCCGAGGACACCCUUUCAGGGUCCACCAAUGCAUCUGAAGUCAUUCAAUACCGUUACAUCAAUCUAAACCACUUGAAUGCCUCGGAACAUGCCAAAGAAAACGGGGAACAUCUUCUCGUACUGACGCUUGUCAACAAUAACGACGCCCAGCAUUUGGAGCAAUACUUUCGACUUUUAGAUAAAACGACGUAUCCGAACCAGUUAAUAUCUGUGGGCUUGCUUGUGUCGAAUGCGAACGAAGCGACGAUGGAUACUGUCCAGCGAGUGAUUUACAAAGUGAAGAAUCGAUGGUUCAACCACUUUUACGAUGUGACAGUGUAUCAGCGCGAUUUUCCCAUAGAUACCACGGUUGGAGACGAUGCCGAUCUGGCAAUGGUGGCCUACCAACGAUCGAUCGUUGCCAAAGCACGAAACUAUCUACUCACCGCAGCAUUGAAAGAGUAUCACAGUUGGGUGGCGUGGAUCGACCUUCAUGUCGUACAAUAUCCGACUUCUAUUUUUAACGAUCUGAUGAGCACCAAUGUUGAUGUGAUUGUACCCAAUUGCUUGCUUUUACGGAAGGACGGUGCAUUUUGGGGUUUUGAUCAUAACAACUGGGCUGAAACCGAUGCAAGUAUCCAGAUGGUGAACGACAUGCAAGACGAUCGCAUUCUUAUGGAAGGAUACGAAGUGACCUCGGUAUCCACAGGUCGAAUGAAGAUGGUUGACAUGCCAACGCAUCUGGGAUUAAAAUACAAGGUACGCUUGGACAGUGUUGGAGGCACUUUCACGCUGGUCAAAGCCACUGUGCACCGACAGGGCGCCAUCUUCCCUCCUUUCCCAUUCCGUCACGCUAUUGAUACAGAAGGUUUUGGACAAAUGGCCAACGCCAUGGGUUUCGAUGUCUAUGGCAUACCCGGCUACCGUAUCUACCAUAGUUAAAAAACCACAUCGUAUCAUCUUUUGAUUUCCAACUUUUUUAUCAUUUACCACCCCUUCUACACAGGGGCGGACACACACACACACAUACAUACACACACGCAUACAUGCAUAGCCAAAGACAAAGACAAAGACAGACCCAGCGUAUCAGAUACCAAGAAUAGGUGCUUUAUAGAACUGAUCCGUCCCUGUAUCAUCAUUUAAAAAAAAAAUUGAUCCAAACAGGAAUGUCAUUGAAUAAAAUUCCAUCAUCCUAUCAUG